AGUGAGAGACAGAUAUCUAUACAGUGAAAAAGGAGGAUGGGGAAGAGUCCCACGUGGCUGCGCGGAAGGAGGAGGGCUGAACAGAGGAGCAUGGACGGUUCAAGAGGACAAGUUACUACUGACUUCUUACAUUGAGACACACGGCCAAGCCAGAUGGACACGCAUCCCUAAAGGAGCUGGCUUGAAUAGGAGUGCCAAAAGCUGUAGGCUCAGAUGGUUGAACUAUCUCAUCUGGCCUGGUAAAAGAGGCGGCAUCACACAAGAUGAAGAAGAACUCAUCAUUAGGCUUCAUAAGCUUCUUGGUAACAGGUGGUCUCUCAUAGCUGGAAGGCUACCUGGCCGAACAGACAAUGAAAUCAAAAACUACUGGAACACCACUUUGGCAAAAAAGCUCAGGACCGGCACAGGCAUGUUCAAUAUCUGA